AUGAAAAGUCACACUAUUAAGAUACAGAGAUUCUCAGAAGCAUUCUUCUACACUGAGCACCAGAAACUUGAUGUCCUCACAUUCCAGGAAGGCCUGAUCCAAAGUCAUGGACAGAUUUCUACAGAAAUUCGUAAUUCAGAGUACUUCACCAGCAUGCCCCCACUUCCAGCAGAAUGCCUCGACAUAGAUGGGGAUUGGAACACCCUCCCAGUUAUCUUUGAAGAUAGGUACAUGGAUAUGCCUUGCAAAGAUCAGAAUUUGGAAGUUUUCCCAGAUUUUGAGGUUCCUGAAAAUACUCAAAUGGAUGUAAUUCAUGACAACAAAGAUCUUGCAUCAAAUGAUGCCACUGCAGUAGUGAAAGAAGACUUUGGGAAAAGUACUUUGCUAAUACACACAGAUAGGAUUAAUGGGAAUCCCUCCUGCAUAUGCAGUGGUACUGAAGGUGCUGCUGAAACAGCUAGAAGUUUAAACCAGCACUCCCCAUCUCAGGUAUGUACAGUGAACAAAGAAGGCCAAAGGAUACCUGAAAAUAUUUUUGUUUCAAGUAUGGAAACUACUUCUGACUCAGAGCCAGGCAAUACAGAAUGCACAUCAGAAGACUUUAAAACACCCAUGGAAAAUUUGUUAAAAGACAGUAGACUUAUGGUGGAUGUUGCCUAUGGAAGUACAAAACCUAGCAAUAAGGAUUCCCACAAAAGUGAUCCCGUGUUAGUUGUCAGUGCUCAGUAUGAGUGUGGAGCAUGUGGAACUGAUGACUCAGAAGACAGGACUGAAAUACAUGAAACAGAUGAAUCUAGUAAUCUUGGGAAUAAUUUCACUUCAUCUGAGCUCGCACUGAAUGAAUUAACCAGUCUUGAAAAAACAGGAGAUCCAGACACCAAGGCUCCGCUCCCUGUUUUGAAAGCUUUGCCCACACACAACUUUGAAGUGAAAUUGCUCACAAAGGAGCAACGAGGUGAGGAGUGUGAAGACUUUACCCUGAUGUCAGGGGUUAUAAAAAGAUCCUCCUCUAUAAUAUCUGAUUCAGGCAUUGAAAGCGAACCGAGUUCGGUGGCGUGGUCUGAUGCUCGUAGCCGGGCACUGGAGCUGCCCAGUGAUCGAGAGAUCCUGCACCACUUGGUACGAAGGCAUGCCAUCCACCGAAAUUCCCUGGAGGGUGGCCACACAGAAAGCAAUACCAGCUUGCCCAGUGGAAUUCAAGCGUCGCUCACAUCCAUCAGCUCUUUGCCCUUUGAGGAAGAGGAGAGGGAAGUGGAGCUUACUAAACUGACAAAAUCUGUUUCAGCUCCUCAGAUCAGUAGCCCAGAAGAGCCUGCAGAGGAGGUGGAUAUAUCCAAACACAGUGAAGCAACCUCAGGAGAUUCAGGAGGAAACUUUAAAAGUUGCACAGAAACAGAGGGUGGGGAUGGAAAAUUAAUUGUGGACUUUUCUGAGUGUCAGAUCACCACUGAAAGUGGACAACUAGAACCAAGAGGACAUCCCAAACCUUCUAUCAAACACAGUAGCAGUAACACUGAGUUACCAGGGGAGGAGGAGACUUACUGUAAUUUGGAAAAUGCAAGACCACCCGUUUGUCAAAAGCAGCUCCGAGAUAAUGUCUCUGAGUGUCAGUCACUGGAGAGCAAUGGUGAUUGCAGCUUAAAAACACCAAGGGCUUAUAAUUACUUGGACAAAAAUAUAGAUGAUUUUGAUACAUGCACUGAGGAUCCAAAGGAUAAACUUAAGCUGGACAGUUUAAAAAUACAACAAGGCUUUUACUCCAAUAGCAGCAUUUCAGGAGAGGAGAGUUUCUCACAAAGCAUAAAGCUGGUACCAGAUUUUUGCUAUCCUGUUCCAGCUCCUUCAGAAACCUCAACUGAAUUUGGGUCAAUGCAAGGAGAGUGUGGUAGCUCUCUUGCUGAUGAGAGCCCAUCCAUGUAUGCAGAAAUGCAGGGGUUACAAGAAAUUGAGCUCAACGACUCACCUGCCUCAGUGGACCCUGCUGCAGGAUCCUACCAGGCUGAAUAUCCUCAGGAACCUGACAGCCAAGAGCAUAAACUUGUGGCUAAUGGCACUGGGUUUCAUUUGGUGACAACAGAGGGAGUAGCCCUGGAAAGCAGAAAGGCUGUUGAUGUGGUUAACCUGUCUGUCUCUUGCACAGCCACAUGUCUUCCCUUUUCUUCUGUGCUCAAAGAGACCCCUGCUAUGGCUGGCUCCUCUGCAAAGCAGGCUGCAUUCCCCAUCACACGCCAGCCUCUGGGCUCUUUCGGAGUUGUGUCUUGUAAUUCAAAUGAGAUGGAUGAAGAGACCAAUGAAAGGAUGCUAAAUUUUUAUCAGGCCAAAGAAAAAUUUAAAAAAGAAAUGAAGAUUGAAGGAUUUCUGUACAGUGACUUAUCUGUACUAGCCUCUGAUAUCCCAUAUUUUCCACCAGAGGAAGAGGAAGAAAAUUUGGAAGAUGGAAUUCACCUGGUUGUCUGUGUCCAUGGAUUGGAUGGUAACAGUGCAGAUCUGCGGCUGGUAAAGACUUUUAUAGAACUGGGACUCCCUGGUGGAAAACUGGACUUCCUAAUGUCUGAAAGAAAUCAGACUGAUACUUUUGCUGAUUUUGAUACAAUGACUGACCGAUUAUUGGAUGAAAUCAUUCAGCAUAUCCAGUUGUACAACCUCUCCAUAUCCCGAAUAAGUUUUAUUGGACAUUCCCUUGGUAAUGUCAUCAUUCGAUCUGUACUAACUCGCCCCAGGUUUCGCUAUUACCUCAACAAGUUGCACACCUUCCUGUCCCUCUCUGGGCCUCACCUGGGAACCCUUUAUAACAACAGUACUUUGGUUAGUACAGGUCUAUGGCUCAUGCAGAAGUUGAAAAAGUCAGGGUCACUUUUGCAACUGACCUUCAGGGACAAUGCGGAUCUGCGCAAGUGUUUCCUCUACCAACUCAGUCAAAAAACGGGUCUUCAAUACUUUAAAAAUGUUGUGUUAGUGGCCUCACCCCAAGACAGAUAUGUACCCUUUCAUUCAGCAAGAAUAGAAAUGUGCAAAAAUGCACUUAAGGACAGACACACAGGUCCUGUUUAUGCAGAAAUGAUUAACAACCUGCUCCAGCCUUUGAUUGGGGCGAAGGACUGCACUUUGAUCAGACACAACGUGUUCCAUGCUCUGCCAAACACCGCCAACACAUUGAUAGGCCGGGCUGCCCACAUUGCCGUGCUGGACUCUGAACUUUUCCUGGAGAAGUUUUUCCUCGUGGCAGGACUCAACUACUUCAAAUAG